AUGGCAGGGGCCUCUGUGAAGGUGGCGGUGCGCGUCCGCCCCUUCAAUUCAAGGGAGAUCGGAAAAGAAAGCAAAUGCAUCAUUCAGAUGUCUGGAAACACCACCACCAUCAUCAACCCCAAGCAGGCCAAAGACAACAAGAGCUUCAACUUUGAUUACUCCUACUGGUCCCACACCUCGCCCGAGGACGUCAAUUAUGCCUCUCAGAUGCGAGUGUACAAAGACAUCGGAGAGGAGAUGUUGCUGCACGCCUUCGAGGGCUACAACGUCUGCAUCUUUGCUUAUGGUCAGACGGGCGCCGGCAAGUCCUACACCAUGAUGGGCAAACAGGAUGUCAAGGAUCAGCAAGGAAUCAUUCCUCUGCUGUGUGAAGAUCUUUUCACGAAGAUCAAUGACAAUACAGACAACAGCAUGUCGUACUCUGUGGAGGUAAGCUACAUGGAAAUCUACUGCGAGCGUGUGCGGGACUUACUGAACCCCAAAAAUAAAGGGAACCUGCGGGUUCGAGAGCAUCCUCUGAUGGGACCGUAUGUGGAGGACCUGUCGAAGCUGGCUGUCACCUCCUACAACGACAUCCAGGACCUGAUGGACUCUGGCAACAAGGCCAGGACUGUGGCUGCCACCAACAUGAACGAGACAAGCAGCCGCUCUCACGCCGUCUUUAACAUCAUAUUCACUCAGAAACGGCACGAUGCUGAGACUGAUAACACCUCGGAGAAGGUCAGCAAAAUAAGUUUGGUGGAUUUGGCCGGCAGUGAGAGGGCAGAUUCUACUGGAGCCAAAGGGACCCGGCUGAAGGAAGGCGCAAAUAUCAACAAAUCUCUAACUACACUGGGGAAAGUCAUCUCUGCUCUGGCAGAAGUGGACUCUGGCUCAAAUAAGAAUAAAAAGAAGAAGAAGGUGGAAAGCUUCAUCCCCUACAGAGAUUCAGUUUUGACGUGGCUGCUGAGAGAAAAUUUGGGGGGGAAUUCUCGCACCGCGAUGGUCGCCGCCCUGAGCCCGGCCGACAUCAACUACGAUGAGACCCUCAGCACACUCAGGUACGCAGACCGCGCCAAACAGAUUCGCUGCAAUGCCGUGAUCAACGAGGACCCCAACAACCGGUUGGUGCGCGAGCUGAAGGAGGAGGUGUCUCGUCUGAAGGAUCUCCUCUAUGCCCAGGGCCUGGGUGACAUCAUUGAGAUGACCAAUGCCAUGACGGGGAUGAGCCCCUCUCCGUCUCUCUCAGCCUUGUCCAGCCGUGCAGGAUCCAUCGCCAGCCUGCAUGACCGCAUCAUGUUCAGCCCGGGCAGCGAGGAGGCCAUCGAGAGGCUGAAGGAAACAGAGAAAAUCAUUGCUGAACUCAAUGAAACAUGGGAAGAGAAGCUUCGCAGAACCGAAGCCAUCAGAAUGGAAAGAGAGGCCUUGCUGGCAGAAAUGGGCGUAGCUAUGCGAGAAGAUGGUGGGACAGUUGGUGUGUUCUCUCCAAAGAAGACGCCUCAUCUGGUGAACCUGAACGAGGAUCCUCUGAUGUCUGAGUGCCUGCUGUACUACAUUAAAGACGGGAUCACCAGGGUCGGUCGUGUAGACGCCAGCAGUCGUCAGGACAUAGUCCUCAGCGGCCACUUCAUCAAGGACGAGCACUGCACCUUUACCAGCUCUACUGGUCCAAUGGGAGAAACAGCGGUUGUCCUGGAGCCGUGUGAGGGAGCUGAGACUUACGUCAAUGGAAAGAGAGUGACGGAGCCCACUGUCCUCAGAUCAGGAAAUCGCAUCAUCCUGGGGAAGAGCCAUGUGUUCCGGUUCAACCACCCUGUGCAGGCCAGAGCUGAGAGGGAGAGGACCCCAUGUGCCGAAACCCCUGCUGAGCCCGUGGACUGGGCCUUCGCCCAGCGGGAGCUGCUGGAGAAACAGGGCAUUGACAUGAAACAGGAAAUGGAACAGAGGCUGCAGGAGUUGGAGGAUCAGUAUCGCAAAGAAAGAGAGGAGGCCAACAACCUUCUGGAGCAGCAAAGACUGGAUUAUGAGAGCAAGCUGGAGGCUCUCCAAAAGCAGGUGGACCGUUACUACCCAGAAGUCCCUGAAGAAGAGGAAGAGCCAGAAGAGGAAGUGCAAUGGACAGAGAGGGAAAGGGAGCUGGCUGUGUGGAGCUUUCGGAAGUGGAGGUGCUACCAGUUCACCUCUCUCCGUGACCUGUUAUGGGGGAACGCCAUCUUCCUUAAGGAGGCUAAUGCCAUCAGCGUCGAACUCAAGAAGAAGGUCCAGUUCCAGUUUGUGCUGCUCACAGACACUCUCUACUCCCCCCUGCCUCCAGACCUGCUGCCCCCAGAGGCGAGUAAGGACAGAGAGAUACGACACUUUCCACGCACCAUUGUGGCCGUGGAGGUGCAGGAUCAGAAAAAUGGAGCCACCCACUACUGGACGUUAGAAAAACUGAGGCAGAGGCUCGAUCUCAUGAGAGAGAUGUACGAUCGCGCCGCCGAUGUGCCCAACAACACCACUGAAGACUGUGAAAAUGUGAUGACUGGAGGAGACCCCUUUUACGACCGCUUCCCCUGGUUCCGUCUGGUUGGCAGAAACCCCAUUUUCAACACAUGCAUGAGCGAGCGCAUGAGUGACCCCACCCCGUCCCCGACCCUCUCCAACUCUGAAAUUACUGAGCUGGCUGACCCGCAGCUGGAGGGUCGAGGGGAGGAGGAGGAGUUGGAGGAGUUGGAGGACCUGGACGAUGAUAUCUUUUUGGACGACCCGUGCUUGGAGCUCGGGGGAGAGGAUGAUGAUGAUGAUGAUGAUGAUGAUGAUGAUGAUGAUGAGGGAGAGUUCUGCCGAGGCUCCAGCGAAGGCCAGGAUCCCUUUUACGACCGCUCACCAUUAUUCAGUGUAGUGGGAAGGGCUUUUGUUUAUCUGAGUAACCUGCUGUACCCGGUUCCUCUCGUCCACCGCGUGGCCAUCGUCAGCGAGAAGGGAGAAGUGAAGGGCUUCCUCCGAGUGGCGGUGCAGGCCAUAUCAGCUGAUGAGGAAGCUCCCGACUACGGCUCAGGAGUGAGGCAGUCAGGCACUGCCAAAAUCUCAUUUGAGGAUCAGCAGUAUGAAAAGUUCCAGUCCGAGACCUGCUCUGUAGGACUGUCCCGCACAGGGAUUUCCCAGGAGGAGCUUCGUAUCGUGGAGGGUGAGGGCCAGAACGCAGAAAUGGGACCCUCAGCUGACGAGGUCAACAACAACACAUGUGCGGCUGGUUCAGAUGAGCUGGAGAACCCGCUGAAGGCCAGUCUGGACGGCCCGCUCGAUGCAACCCUGGAGCACCUGACGAUUGGGAACGUUUUUACCUUCAGGGUCACGGUCCUGCAAGCCUCCAGCAUCUCUGCAGAAUACGCUGACAUCUUCUGCCAGUUCAAUUUUAUCCACCGCCAUGACGAGGCCUUCUCCACUGAACCCCUAAAAAACACAGGCCGUGGCCCCCCUCUCGGCUUCUACCAUGUGCAGAAUAUUGCUGUUGAAGUCACCAAAUCCUUUGUUGACUACAUCAAGACUCAGCCCAUCGUGUUUGAGGUGUUUGGACACUAUCAGAAACAGCCUUUCCUUCCGCUCUGCAAAGACGUCAUCAGUCCACUUCGUCCCUGCAGAAGACAGUUCCCACGAGUGAUGCCUCUGUCCAAACCAGUACCUGCCACCAAGCUGACAGCUAUGACCCGCCCGCAGGCCGGACCCUGCCACAGCAAAUAUGACCUCAUGGUGUUCUUUGAGAUCUGCGAGCUGGAGGCCAAUGGAGACUACAUCCCUGCAGUGGUGGACCACAGGGGAGGAAUGCCUUGUCAUGGCACAUUCCUGCUGCACCAGGGCCUCCAGAGGAGAAUCGCUGUAACCAUUGUACAUGAGUCAGGAGGUGACAUGGAGUGGAAGGAAAUCCGUGAGCUUGUUGUGGGACGUCUCCGCAGCACCCCUGAAUCCGAUGAGACCAUCAUUGACCCCAAUAUUCUGUCUCUGAACAUCUUGUCUGCUGGGUAUGUCAGGCCCAUGCAGGAUGACCGACAGUUUCUUGAUUCGGACAUGCCUAGGACUUUCUACCGCUUCGAGGCCGCUUGGGAUAGCUCCAUGCACAACUCCCUGCUGCUAAACCGAGUCACUCCCUAUGGGGAGAAGAUCUACAUGACCCUCUCUGCCUACUUGGAGAUGGAGAACUGCACUCAGCCCGCAGUCAUAACCAAAGAUAUCUGCAUGGUGUUUUACUCUCGAGACACAAAGCUCUCAGCCUCCCGCUCUAUCCGAAACCUCUUUGGUACUGGAAGCCUGAGAGCGGCAGAUGGAAAUCGUGUAACUGGAGUUUAUGAGGUCAGCCUGUGUAACCUGGCCGAUGCAGGAAGCCCAGGUAUGCAGAGGAGACGCAGGCGGGUGCUGGACACCUCAGUGGCCUACGUCCGUGGGGAGGAGAACCUGGCUGGGUGGAGGCCCCGUAGUGACAGCCUCAUUCUGGACCACCAGUGGGAGCUUGAGAAACUCAGCCUCCUUCAAGAUGUGGAGAAGACCAAGCAUUACCUCCUGCUGAGGGAGAAACUGGAGUCUACCCUGCUCAUGGGCCAGGAGUCCCUGCUGACUUGCGUCACUGAGGACCUGAGUGAGUCUCCUCAGCCCCCAGAGGUCGACCAGGAGGUCAGCUCCAGCUCUGAAAUCACCACUGAGAGGCAGAGGGAGCUCGCUGCCAAGUGUUUGCGGCUCCUCACUCACUCCUUCAACCGGGAAUACAGCCACGUGUGUGUCAGCGCCAGCGAGAGCAAGAUCUCGGAGAUGUCCGUCACAACGCUAAGAGACUCCGCGUCCAUCUCUGCUCUCAACACAAUCACGCCCUCCUCAACAUGCCCUUCGCUGGUUGAGGGUUGUUAUGGCAACGCUGAACUCAGACCCCCUACACCUCGCUCUCGUGCCGUCAGCCCCAGUCCUGACACAACGCAUGACGCAGAGGCCAAGAAGUCCGUCAAUGGAGCCUCUGAAACUAAACCUCGAACCCGAAAAUUUGUCCCUGAUAUCCAGGAGAUUCGAGUCAGCCCCAUCGUGUCAAAGAAGGGUUACAUACAUUUCUUAGAGCCGCACACCAACGGAUGGGUGAAGCGCUACGUCGUCGUGCGGCGGCCGUACGUCUACAUCUACAACACAGAGAGAGACACUGUGGAGCGGGCUAUCCUCAACCUCUCCUCUGCACAGGUGGAGUACAGUGAGGACCAGCAGGCAAUGCUGAAGACCCCGAACACAUUUGCUGUGUGUACAGAACAUCGUGGGAUAUUGCUUCAAGCCACUAAUGACAAAGAGAUGCAUGACUGGCUGUAUGCGUUUAAUCCUCUCCUCGCUGGAACUAUCAGGUCGAAGCUGUCGAGAAGACGAGCCGGACAGAUGAGGAUGUGACUCUGAACAAAUCUCAUGAGAGAAGGACGACCGCAAAGACUAAG